AUGUGUGUCAGGCAGACAGCGGAGCUGCUCCUCGGGGUGUAUUUCUGUUCCAUCCAAGAGAGGACUCUGAGAAAAGAGCUUGAGGAAGAGAUGGCAGAAGCAGCAACAAACUCAAAUGAGGACCCAUCAGAGGAAACAGAGGGCCUGGGGCCACAGGAGCUGGAGGGCAGCGGUAUGUUCCAGCAAAUCACAAACCUCCUCGACAUCAUGGACAGCAAGUCGGCCAAGACCGACAUGGUGGGACCAGGCCCCGAUAUGCGGAAGACGCUGGCCUCGGUCAUCAUCACGGAGAAGGCCACCUCCAAGCCCUCGGUGGUGAUGCACGCGCUCAUCCGCUGCCUGCAGGUGCCGAAGAUUUCCACCCAGCGCAAAGUCAACAUUUACAACAUCCUCCAGGAGAUCAUCCAGCAGGAGGGCGAGCUGGAGGAGCAGUGCGUCCAGAGGCUGGUGGCCAUUGCCUCCGAGGAGAUGAGGGAGAGCCUGGAGGUGGACGGCUACGUGAGGGCAGAGGUGGCCAGCGACACCCUGGUGGCCCUGUCGCGAAACCACUUCAGCAUGGUCAUGUAUGAGCUGCAGCACCACCUCAAGCCCCUCGACCUCUGUGACGAAUUUGUCAUUGUCACCCUGGCGAAGCUGGCCAACGGCAACGUGUUUGAGUUCAUGCCGUACAUGGGCAUCACCCUGGCUACCAUAUUCACCAUGCUGAGACUCGCCAAUGAGGCCAAGAUGCGGCAGGUGAUCUGUGGCGCCAUGGAGACAUUCUGUGAGACGGUGCAGUUUUACCUGAAGCAUCUGGAAGACAGCGUGUACCCCGUGAUGACUGAGGACCAGUUUGCUGUGAAGCUGUUCCCAAUGUACCGCUAUUUUGUGACCGUGUGGCUGAGGAACCACAACCCUGAGGUGAAGCUGGGGGUCAUCAAGUCCCUGAAGCCCAUGCUGAACCUCCUCCUGCCCAACGACGACCUGCGGGAGCAGGUGUAUGACUACAUCCCUCUGCUGCUGGCCGAGUACCAGGGCAGCCUGGAGGCCCUUUUCAUCACUCAGGUCUUGAGGCAGAUCCUGGAAGUGUCUGUCAUCACCAACACCCCUGUACCCCAAAUGCAGCUCCAUACCAUUUUCACAGAACUGCAUGUUCAGGUGUGUGCCAAGGCCCCUGCCCAGCAGCAGUAUAGCAGCCAAAACCUGACAGAAAUCGUCCACUGCUUCAUAGCCCUGGCCCGCUCCUACCCCAAGGAGCUGAUGAAGUUCUUCCUCAGCCAGAUGGAGAUGAGCAAGGAGGCUGUCCGCGUGGGGACCUUGACCCUGAUCAGGGCGGUGGUGAGCGCAGAAGAACCCAGGAUGAACAUCAGGACCAUCUACUUGGCCAUCCGGGUGGUCAAGAACACCCUCUCUGACACCCGGUCCAAGGUGAGGAUGGCCAUACUCCGCAUCAUUGGCCAGCUGGCGCUGUCUGGCUUCCAGGACAGGAUCAAAGGCUGGGGCCUGAAGUAUGUGUCCAUGCAGCUGACCCAGUCCACCUACAAGCUGACAAAUCGUCGGGAGAGUUUCUGUCAGAGGGACUUGGAGGAGAAGAUGGUCCACAAAGUCACCAUGGACACCGUGAGGGUCAUCACCUCCUCUGGCAGUGGGGUGACCAGCGACUUUUGGGUGAGGCUCCUGUGCUACAUCAUGGAGACAGAUUACACAGAGGCAUUGACCCCCAUCUGCAUCAGCCUCACAAACCUGGCGGAGCGCCAGCUCCACAGCAAGGACGCGGAGGACCCCGCGCCCGGCAGGAGCAGACAGGUGGACCUGCCUGCGCCGCAGAAGCUGCUGGCCCGUCUGCUGGUGUUGAUGUCAUCCCCCUACAAGGGGGAGGGCCGAGGGAUAGCCAUGCUGAACCUCCUGAGGACCCUAAGUCAGAGCAUCGCGCCCUCCAUGGCCGACAUGUGGGAGCUGGAGAUCCCGCUGCUGGUCAAGUACCUGGAAGAACAUACUGAGUUCACCUGGAAUCAGAAGACCUGGGAGGACAAGCUGAUUCAGUUUCUGAGAAACUCCCUCAAGAGGACCCGGGGUUCCAACUGGAGCCUGCGUCUGAGCAAAGAGCUGAACAACCAGAUCGAGAGCUUUGACAGCCCCUCCCUGGAAAAGGGCUUCCUGUACCGGGCCUUGGGCUUCACCUUGGCCACCGGCCUGGAGGCCGACAAGGUGGAGGUGCUGCUGCUGGAGCUGCUGUACAAGACCGACUACGGCAAUGACUUUGACCGGGAGGGCGUGAUUCAGUGCUUCGGCCUGUGUGCCCGGGGCCAGGUGAAGACGGUUCUGAAAGUGCUGCACGACUUCGAGGAGAGGAUCCAGGAGUCAGAGCAGUCCUGGCAGAUUGGCGCUUGGCGGAAGGACCAUCCCUGGAGGAGAGAGACGGUGAAGAGCGCGCUCAUGGUGAUGUACAGCUGUGUGGCCUCGCACUGCCUCCCACAGGUGCUCCUCGCCCACCUGGACAGCCCCAUCAUGGCCAAGAUCAUCCACCACUACUCGAGCAGCUGCCAGGACAUCUGCCUCAAAAUGGCCUUCAUGAAGAGUGUUGUGCAGGUCACCAAUGCCAUUAAGAACAUCAGGGACCCUGAGGACUUCCACUUUUCCCAAAAGGCGACUCUCACGGGCAUUAUCAUGGCGAUCAUCAAGGCGGAACCCAUGGACACCCUGGUAUCUCCCGUGCGGACCAUGGCGAUGGAGGCCCUGAUGCACCUGAGCAAACUGAGGCCUUUCUACUCCACAGAGGAGAGCAGCGAGCUGACGGACAUCAGCAUACAUUCUGUGAUUUCUCUUCCGCCCCCAGCAGAGGACAAUGAAUCCAUUAAGACGCUGCAUGUGAAUGCCCUGCGCGCCCUGGAACAGCUGAUGGGGGGGUUCAUGCAGCGGCAGCUGGACCCCAAGGGGCUGCAGGACAUGGUGCAUCUCCUGGAGAAGUGGAUCUUGUCGGAGAAAGAGUGGGAGCGGGAGAAGGCCGUGCGCCUGCACCUCCACCUCGUGCAGCUCUACGUCCAAAGCAUCGGCGUCUGCAUCCCCCUGAAGCUGGGACAGUUUGGCAUGCUGAUGGGGCUCAUUGCCCCCUGCACCUGUGACUCUCACAGAAGGACGCGCGUGGCCUCCAUGGACAUCCUGUCCAGCUUGCUAGACCUGCACGCAAGCCAGACCUGCUCCCCAUGGGGCGCGUCCAAGGAGCUGGAGCUGGUGAAAUGUAGGGAGGACCUUCAGGGCUCGGACACGGACAAGAUUUUCUGUGCAUCCUCCAGAAUCGCCAAGGUGGCGUGCAUGGAGUUCAACUGCGACGAGGUGGUCUCGCUCAUCCAGAAGCUCUGCGAGAACAUCGGGGCCGUGGACCUGCAGCACGACAAGGCCUCUGUCACCUGGGUCGGCACCUUCCUCCAGAUGCGGGCCAAGGAGCUGGAGGACAAGGUGGCUGAGAUCCUGGGCGCCAUCCUGGUGCACCUGCCCGUCGUGGACCACCUGGAGGUGCGGCGCCUGCUCAUCGAGGGCAUCCUGCUGCUGGCCCACUACCACCAGGAGACCGUGCUCACGUCGCUCCUGAGGCAGCCCCUGCCCAUGGAGAGCCACCUGACGGAGGUGUGGCUGGCCGUGGCGGAGAACGUGCCCUUUGCCCGCGCCAUGCUCCACGGACUGAUGGGCCGGCUGCAGGUGAGGUUCUCGCCCCGGGUGAGCGCCACCUCCAAGGCGGACAUCUGGCGCCUGGCUGCAGUGGACCCUCUGAUGACCCUCUGCACCAUCCACCUCCUGAUCGAAAAGAUGGACGUGGACGACAAGCUCCUGGACCUCUUCCCGGACCUCGUCUACACCCUCCUGCUGCAGCUCAGCAGCGGCCAGGGCCCGGAGGCCGCGUCGCCGGUCCUGAAGACCUGGAGGCUUGUCCACACUGCAACCCUGCCCGAGGAGAUCAACCUGCAGAGGAUCACGAUCAAGUCCAUGCAGCUUUUGUUUAAGAGACUCAAGAGUGAGCAGCUGGUGCAGAGCCUGGAGGAGCAGGGCGUGUGGGCCCUUCUGGAGGGCAGCUCCACCUUCCUGCAGGGAGUGGGCCUGCUGGCCAGGCUGUGCGCGCGCCUCGCGGGGCGCCACCGGCAGCGGCUGUCAGAGCUGGUGCUCGCGGGCCUGGCCUCGGAGGACCUGAGCUGCCGCGUCAGCAGCGCCGCCGUCUGCGUGGAGUUCAUGAGCCACCCGGUUCUGUACCAGGAGAAGCUGCUGAAGCCCGCGGUGCUGCUGCUGGAGAGGGGCGUGGGCCAGGAGGACGAGGCCCUGCGGGUGCUGUCCCUGCGCGCUCUUGGCAACAUGGCCCUCGGCGCCCCCAAGAAGGUGCGGCGGUACCGGAAGCUCUUGCUGGACAAGUGUCUGUGCUCCCUUCGGGAGCCGGGGAGCACCAGCGUGACCUCCGAGGGCAUGGAGGCCCUGGCCAAAAUCCUGGCGCAGCUCCGGGAGGGGGACAUGGGCUGCUUCUUCGACGCCAUCUCCGAGCGGUGCAGGGCCUUCUUCGACAACGAGAGCGAGCUGCUGCGUUUCCGAGCCUUCGUGCUCUUCGGGAAGCUGGCGAAGGUGGUCAGGAUUUCCAAGAAGUACUUCUUCAAGGAGGAAGUGAAGAAAGCCUGGGUGGCCCUCAUGCUGCACUGCCAGGACCCUUCCCCUGAUGCGGCCCAAGCCUGCACAGCUACCAUGUUUCAGUGUCUGCACUUCUGGGGCUGGAAGGCCCUGGAGGGACCGAGGAGCCACAGUGACACCAGCUCGGCCGAGGACCUGACGGCUUUCCAGACAGCCCUGUGCUCUGUGCUGACUCAGAAGAAGCCUGCCGUUCUCUACGGCUUCCUGCUGGAGACAAUGACGUACGUUAAAAGCAGCUUGUCCAGAAUCAGAAUCGCUUCUUGCAACCUGGCAGGAAUCAUGCUGAAGCACUUGUCUGCGCAGUACCUGAGGAGGCUGGACCUGCCGGCGCUGCGGGACUCUCUCCAGGAGCUGCAGCUGGACUCGGAUCCCAGCAUCCGGAGGGCAGCCCUGGACACUCUCAAAACCUUGGACACCUGCAGUCAGCUGUGGCUUUUGGCUUCAGCCGAGGAAGCUUCCUAGGUGGCCCGGAUGCCACCGCAGCGCAAACCGUUUUUAAGAGAGUUUGUAUGAAAAGCAUUGUUCUAAAGUAGAGACUGUCCCUUUCCAUCCUCCAGUUGAAAUAAACCUCCUUUGCCAUUCGGAGUGCAGCUUUCUGACUCCCCCCAUCAUGCUGACACCCCAGAGCCAAGAUAGAGGGCUGAGGACUCCGACUCCGCCGGUCAUGUUUGUCCCGCUUUCCCAGGGGUGUGGACGUCACAGCUUCUCAGCCAGGACAGAAAUCUACCCUCGUCCUCUCUGGCAUUUCAGUCCUCCCCAGUUGAUGGCAGCUUCCUCCAGCCUGGAGGUAUCCGGGAGGGCUUCAGGGAGGAAGUGACAGGCCCGCCCCCGCCACCCUUCCCAGCCUCAGGGCCUGGAGCCAUUAAAGUGCAAGUGGAUGUUACAGUGAAGCCUGGAACAGAACCUGGAGGUCAAAAGGAGAUGUGAGCCCCAAGUCUGAGAAACAGGCAGAGGGGACAGGAGAGCAGGAAAUCUCCCCACACAGACUGCCUGCGGGAUAGCUGUCCAGGAUCAGGUAAAAGCCCGACAGGUCCUGCAGACCAUUCCCACCCUCUGCUGGGCCCUAUGGGGGAGGCUCUGCCCAGAGGCCCCGGCCACGGCUGCUUUGUGGCUCCCCUGGAUCGGACAGACUCUGUUUCUGCCAAGAGACGGAGAGCGCUGCAGCGCCAACGCUCAGCCACCACGUGCUCCGGGGAAGGGCUGUGCCGCUCAGCACGUGUGUGGGGACACGGGCGGGCAUUCACCCCCUGGGUCUGAUUCCCUUCAUGCCAUGCACAGCAGCUCCAGAUGGUUUAUGGACCUAAGCUUGAAAAGCAAAAAUGCAAGAGUAAUUCUGAUCCUUCGGGCUGAGUAAGUUUUCUUUAAAACAUGACAGCAGAAACGAGAAAGGAAGGAUCAAGUCCCCGGUGAAAAAUGUAACUUCAGUAUCAGAAAUGGCAGUUCAAUGCCUGAUCGCAGGUAGCAGUGACUUGCGUUUUAAGCUCGGUGGGUGCCUAUCAGUGGAAACUGACGGCAGUGACAAGCAAAGUGAAGAGAGUGCCCCGCACCCCGGGAAGACUCAAACUGAUCCAUGUGCACCCACCAGCGGCGCCGACGGGUGGUGGUGACGUGGGACACAGGCCUCAUCCUGCCGGUCAGAGGGCAAAGUGGACUGGGGUUGGCAAAAGCCGUUGGGGAAUAACUGGGGGAGUCCAAGGCAGGGAUGUGGCCGAUCCACGUGCAGCACACGCGAGCAUGAGGCCCGUCACUGCAGGGGCAGGCGGGCGGCGACUUCAUCCUGCCUCUGACCUUUUAUUUAAAACAAAAAGUCCACGCCCUGUGGCAAAGUAUUAACAGCUGACCCAGCACGGCCGGUCCCAGGGCUUUGUCACGGGGCCUGGUAUCCGGUAGUUCACCCAGUCACCGCGCUGUCCUGCAUGACGGCCAAGGGCGCGGGCCCCCACGGACUGUCCCCGCCAUUUACGCCUAAAAACGCCAGAAAGCAGUUGUCACGAGUGAGCUGGGCAU